UGUUUUCAAGGCUCAAGUCAAAAGCACUUCGGCUUCACCAAAAAUUGAUCAGUCGCAGUGUGCAAGAGAAAGUAAUCAGUUGAGGCUUUUGAAGACUGAUCGAGGUGUUUCGAUCUUCAGAGAUUGUUUUGAAAAUGGCAUCUAAAAUAAAGUUGCAGAGUAAUGACGGCGAGGUGUUCGAUGUCGAAAUCAACGUUGCCCAGCAGGCUGUAACAAUCAAGACCAUGUUAGAGGACCUUGGCCAUACCGACGAUGACGACGAUGAGCCUGUGCCUUUGCCCAAUGUGAAUGCCACCAUUAUGAGAAAGGUGAUUUCUUGGUGCACGCAGCACCAGAACGACCCAGCAGUGCCAGAGGAUGAUUCCAUAGAUGCCAGAGAGAAAAGAACCGACAACAUUGAUAGCUGGGACAUGGAAUUUUUGAAAGUUGACCAAGGAACUCUCUUUGAGCUCAUCUUAGCUGCGAAUUACUUGGACAUCAAGGGCCUUUUGGAUGUCACUUGCAAAACAGUCGCUAAUAUGAUCAAAGGCAAGACUCCCGAGGAGAUCCGAAAGACCUUUAAUAUCAAGAAUGACUUCACAGCUGAGGAGGAAGAGCAGAUUCGCAAGGAGAACGACUGGUGCGAAGACAAAUAGGAGGACAGUCAUCAAGCUGUUGAUCGCCUGCGUUCGCUCGCUCUACUGUCGCGUUCAUCCGUAUGUACAUUGCAUGGUACUAUGCUAUGCUGCUUUUGCUGUUGCUACCCCCCCCCCCCCCCCCCCCCUCUCCAUGCUGAACAUGCUUCUAGUAGGCUCAAAUUGUGAUAUCUUUAGGACAAAUAUCUGAUAUGCGUAUAUGGAUCAAAACGCUGCCCCCCCCCCCCCCCCCAACCCUCCAUAUACGCACGCAGUCUUGUUUUACUUCCCGGGCAUGCCUACAAGAAAACAUACGCGCGCGCGCGCGCGCACAGACCCGCAUGUGGUGGGCUCCUUGGCUCCUUUUCAGCUUUGCGUGUUGUUUUACUCUUGCUGUUGCUGUUCUAGUUCCGCUGUAGGUGGUCUGCACCCAUCAUGUUUAUGCUUAGUGUACAAAAUUAAUGCUGUUCUUAUUCAUUAUGCAUUAUUUAAUGUAGCGUGGCGCUUUGACUGUGGCCAAAUCGGUCCUGGUUCUUUUUAUUUUAAUUCUGUGUGUUUGUGAACAGCCGGCCAAGCUAUCCAGCUUCUCUCGCUCUCUCUUUCGCUCUCUAUCUCCUUGAGACUGUCUCUCAAAUUGCAGCUCAUCCUUAUGCUAACAGUGUGACAGUGUGUGACGUCUGUGUUGUCCGCACUCAAUUUCUACAUUGUGUGUACUAUGUACCUAUGGCCUUACAUUCCUGAUGCGUAAUUUGAUCUGCAAGUAGUAGCUGAACAACUA